UCAGUUUAUCCGAGAUGUGAAUUCUACUUUGAAGCUGUGGGAAAGCUAAGUAACUAGCUGUUAGCUUCCGAGCUAGCCGAUUCUGCUACUGUUGUUAGCUCCCAAGCUGGCUGCUUUGCUCUCUGCGGUUCACAACUUACCUAUCUAUAGACAGUUUUCUUCUUGUGUAAAUUAAUAUUUUCCAACAUGAUAAACUCUUUUGGGGCGUUUAAUCGGCCCGUCCUUCAGGUAUUUGGUUUACAGAACUGUUAUAUCAACAAAAAUACUGUUAUAAACUAAUGCAUUUGGGUUUUAGCAUUAGCUAGCCUUGUUAUGCUUCUGUUAGUCACUCUAAAGUCAAUUUUUCUUAAAUUCGAAGGUAACUUUAAAUUCUAAAGUGAGGUUUAAUGUUUGUUUCACCACGAAUACACGCAGUGACAGAAUGCAUCACAUCAUUUCCUGUCGACAUGCUUUCAUUCAGCCGUGGAGCUCUCCGUGGUUCUGACACAAGGGACCACUCCCAUCUCCAGGUUUUAGUUUUUUAUUUUAAAGAGAAUCAGGUAGCUUUAAAAUUACUUCUAUAAAUUAAACAACCCACAGAAAGCUAAAACUAUAGACGAAUAAUUGAACAACAUUUUAGUUUCUAUUAGCCCUGAGUUGAAUUGGAGGGUUAGGACAGUCACACAUCUAUUUUUGAGUAUUAUCCUGUUGCUGCUAAGGACGCUUAACCUAUCCUAAUAAAGCCAAUCAGUGAGACAGCCACAUCUGUAAAAUGGCGAUGGUGUUGUUUGCGUCUGUGGUUCGCAUCGGGGACGGCCUGCCUCUCUCAGCAUCCACCGACUAUGAACAGGAGAAAGACCUUCAGGAGACAAAGAGACAUCUUAAAGGUCUCUCCAAGAAACUCAACCAGUUCCCUGACCGUUGCACACUCAAGUCUGGACCAUACAAUGUGAACUUCAUAUACUCACUGGGUGUUGGAUACCUUAUGGUCUGCACUGGAAAUUACCCUAAUGUGUUGGCCUUCUGCUUCCUGGAUGAACUGCAGAAAGAGUUUAUCAUCACUUAUGACAGCAAACGUAUCAGCAGCGCCGUGCGACCGUACUCCUUCAUUGAAUUUGACACCUUCAUCCAGAAGACCAAGCAGCGCUACAACAGCCCUCGUUCUCUGUCCACCAAGAUCAACCUGGCUGACAUGCAGACAGAGAUCAAGCUGCGACCUCCCUAUCAGCUUUCCCCAGAGGACCUGCAGGCUAUCAAUGGAUUCUCAGUGCGUGCAGCUUCUAAAUACAAGGGCAUAGCUCCCACGCAGAUGUUGGAACCAGUGACACUCCCAGGCAUCGUGUCCUGUGUGCUCAGUAUUCUCUGUGGAGGGCUGAACCUGCUGAGAGGAGUCCAUGCCAUAGAGAGCAUAUUACAGAACCACGACGAGGACUUUAAUUAUGUGAUUGCCUUCUUCCUCGGCACGGCAGCCUGUCUGUAUCAGUGCUACCUGUUUGCCUACUUCUCUGUCUGGAGGAACAGCAAAUCCUUCUUGGCGUUUGCACUCAUCUGCCUGUCCAACAUGUACCUGUACGAACUGAGGAACAUUUGGCAGAUCCUCUUCCAUGUGGCAGUGGGGGCCUUCAUGACCCUGCAAAUCAGACUGAGGCAACCACUGGGCAAAGCGCCAGACUACAAUGUCUGACAAAGACCUUAAACAAAGAGGACUAAUGCGCUUUUAGUCAGGUGUCCCAAACAUGUCCCGGAAAUGCCUGCAGUGGUUCACGGGACAUAGUGGAAACAAAAACAAGCCUCCCAGUUCAGGGGAGAAAGAAAGGAGAGUGUUUCACUGAUGCAUUAAUGGAUCUGUCUCUGUUCGGAUUUGGAAGGAAAAAUCUGCUACAGUCUGACUUCUUCAUGGAUUGUAUUGGAUUGGUUUUAAAAGCUGUCUCCUUCCCUUCAUUGUGUGAUGAUGAUUUAUGGACUUCUGUAGCACAGCUGUGAUUUAGGUCAAUAGCCUGUGUGCAGGAUGUCCGCUGCUGCAAACCCAGGCGCUUGAAAUGUUUGGGUUUUAUUUUUUUUUACUCCGUCCAACAAAGAGAAAACUCAUCGUAAGAAAUGUAUGUGUAUGAUUUCAUGAUUGGGUUAAAAUAUAAAUGAAUCAAACUACAUUUCAGAAAACACUGAAACUGAGCCUAUAACCUUCUUUCAUCUUCAAAUGACAGCCAUGAGGUUUCUUGAAUUAAUCCUGAAAUUAAUAAUCUAAAAAUAAAUAUACACACUAGCAGAUAAUUAGUUGUGUUUAUAGCAGUAGUGUCCAGUAUCCUAUAUGCUUCCCUGAUUCAGCACAUCUCAUCCAAAUAAAUGGGUCCAUUCCAUGAGCUUGAUGACUGAAAAUGCAUUUUAGCCAUUUUUAUCAGAUGUGUCGGAGCAGGGGCACUUCUAAAAUUUGUUGGAUACCAGUCUCCUAUUGAUUGAAAUUGCACUCAACUGCUUGAUAAUUAUGCUAACUUAUAUCCCUAUAUCUUUUUCCCCCUUCUGUUCCAAUAAAUGGACUGAGCUCAGACAAAGUGUCAAAGCAGCAGUAGCACCAGCGUUGCUGAUUAAACUUUGACUCAAACUGUGUGUGUGGUGCUGGUGUUUUGUCUAAAGCCCCUUUCAGAUCAUUGUUUCCCAAUAAACCAAAGUGUUUGCCUCAUUUUGUCAUUCACAUAGAAAUCAGGGGCUGUGUGCUUUAAGGGCAUGCGGCUGGUUCACAGAACCAAAUGGGCAUUGCUUACAGCUUCUAGCAUUCACCUGAGCAACAUGCAUUAAAUGUGUGUUGGGGAUUCCACCCAGAUUUACCUGAACUCUGAGUUGUGAUCCUCAUACAGUUCUGAACAUCCAGUCGACAUGGCUACAGUUUUUAAACAUCUUCACUUUGGAAAGGUUGUGUGGGUGGAUGCACAAACCAGAAACUCUAAAAGGCAAGGUAUCCACGUUAAUGUGGACAGGCUGUAAAUUAUAUGUUAAAAUCUCUAUUGCAUUGCUAGUGUGCAUGGGCCUGUAAGAGUACUUUGCAAGGAAGUGUAAAAGCAAUCGGAAAUCAAAUCUGCAGAUCACAAGAGAUUAAAUUAGGAUAAAACAAACAAAAGAAAACUCCAGCAGGUGGGUUUUCACUUUGAUAUUAAAAGGUAACAUCCAGAAAAAGCACAAGACCUGAAUUUCUUUUUCCUUUUCUCCAUCUUACCUUCCACCCAUGUUCUGCUUACUUACACCUAUGCUUCUUUUAGCCUUUAAUGACAUUCCACCUGCUGCAUCCAUUAGUUUCUGACCCGGUACAGGAGAACUUCUUGUUUAGGUUGUGAUGUAAAACUAUGCAAUGCUGCCUUCCUGUUUGAGUGGCUCCAACUUUAACUUAUUCAGAGCUGUAAUCAAGGGAAAACAAGCAUAUUGUCUGUUGCAAGAUCUCACUAUUUAUUCGAUGGCUGAUUUUGGUGCAAAACGUAAUCAUGUCGGAAUUUCAUGUUUUUUGAUUGUUGCAUUUUUGUUCAGACACACAUAAUGUCUACUUGUGACAAUAUAAAGCUGCUUUCGGCUCAGACGGUUAGCAGUCAUAUCCUUCCUCGCCUACACAGCCUCAAGCAUAUGCUGGUGUUACAAUGAUUGUGAAUAAACAGAUCUGUGUUGCCAACAGUAAAGAUGCAUCACUGUUUCCUUUACUUCCUACAGAGUUCUUUAGUUCAGCCAUUUGUUUCUGCUACUUAUGACUACAGAUACUUUUACAUUUUGCCCCCCAUGUGGAUAUUGACACACUGCUUACAUUAAACAUAUUACAAUCCUU